AUGAAUUUUACAGAAGAAUAUUUGGAGAAUACGACAAAACAAGUUCUGGUAGAUUUUGGACACGAAAAUGAAACGAAUUUGGAAGAAACUCUUACGACAGCACAAGGAAAUAUCUCAGAAAUGACGACUGGGUAUUUUUCCGCAGAUGGAUCCGGUGAUUUUGACGUUAUUCUCGAUAAACAUUCAACAAACCACUCAAUCUGGGAGCGAGAAUUCUGGCUCGACAUCUACUUCUACUUUCGUGAUAAAAUUCUAUCUAAUGGAGCUCUCCCGAUCAUGCUAUUGAUCGGGGGGAUUGUCUUGUUCUGUCUAGUGUUGAUUGUAACGGUUUGGAUGCUCUGCAAGAUCAAAAAGAAGAGAAAGGGACACGGCGAGUACAGGCCUUCGGAAAAAGAAGCGAUGGAGAUGUACUUCAAAUUCGGCGUCUUUUCGGAAAAAGCCCUGCCCUUCAUUCCAUAUCCUGACAUAGAGCGACUUAUCUAG